GGUAGGGCGUCGUUGAGAGGAGAUCGAGCUAGUAUAAAAGGUUGGAUCGACGAGAAUCCAGCAUCAUUCGAAUUCCUUCGAGGACUAUCGACGAGCUUGAAUUUCGCGAAGAAGUUCCCCGAAUUUAUCGCUAUGAAUAUCCGACUCGGUCUCAUCUCUUGUGCGCUUCUCCUCGCUACGGUCCUCACGACACCGGCAACUGCUACUCGCGUCGGUACUUGUCUGAGAAAUUGUGCCCAGUGUACGAAGAUGUUUGGACGUUACUUCGACGGUCAGCUGUGUGCCGAUACUUGCGUCAAAUACAAAGGAAAAAUGAUCCCGGAUUGCGAGGACGAGAACUCGAUCACCGAUUUCAUCAACAGAUUGGACGACGUUUAGAUGAGAUUCCGUUGAAAAAAUUGGCCAACAGCACUCCGGAUGACGACGACGACGCAUGUUCUCAUUGACUUUUGGAAGACCGAACGUUCCAUCACGACUCUGAUUAUUUAUUCGAGAUUUGUCAAUUACGAUUGAUUCGCCAUUUUAAUAUAUAGGCAAUGUUUGAGACGAGUGUGAAAUAGAAACUUGGCCUAUGAAUCUAGUCACAUACGCAACGCUUCGAAACUUCGAGCAUUGAAAUAAACGCAUUUUGCAUUCCACACAACGCCGUCAGGCACACAUAUAUAAUCGUACAUGUAACUGCGUUACGAGCCGGCUUUUGCACGACUCUUCGAUUUACUCAACAGCGAAUUUCUUCAUAAUAAUAUAGUUACUUGUGUAUACGCAUUGAAAUUUUGGAUUAAAAUGUCCGAUCAACCUGAAUAAAAGUUCAAAAUAA